UUGAAGGAAAAAAUGAAAAAGCACAAGUAUUUAAGAAAAUAAAUUGAAGAGAAUCUUUAGUUCUUCCUAUCAAGAGAAAUGGCCAGUCUGUUUAUAUGUAUCAAUUGCACUCAGUUCAAAUUGAACAUAUCAGAAAGUGAAAAGCAACAGAGAGGAAAGACUUUUACACUACAUGCUGCAAAAUCUGGUGGCUUCUCUUUGAAAUCAAUCACGAGUAAGUGCCAAACAUGUAGAGGCGAAGGUGCAAUAGAAUGUUCGGGAUGUAAGGGAACGGGAAAGAACAAAAAGAAUGGGAACAUUUUCGAGCGCUGGAAGUGCUUUGAGUGCCAAGGAUUUGGAUUCAAGAGUUGUCCUGUUUGUGGCAAAGGAGGAUUGACCCCAGAACAACGUGGAGAAAGAUAAUUUUGCGUCAAUUUUACUGGCAAUCGGGCAAUACAUUGGCGAAAACAUACAUCACCUGAGCAGAUACAUGUUCGACUACUGUGUACUGUGUAGCACAUCUACUGUCCACUAUACAAAUAAUUUUUCAUCACUUCGUUUCAUUUUGCAACUAUGCUGAUGUUCUAAUUACACUAAGAUGUAUUCAUUCAACUACUAUUUGCUUAUGGUGUAAUUAUCGACUAGACCAGUUGUUACUCGGUCACACAGAUUUGUUGAAUCCGGCAAACAUUCAGUAUGUCGUUGAAAUAUAACUUUUCUUGACUGCUA